AUGGAGGUCAGUUCAACAAUAGCCAAAACAUUUAAACGUUUUACAUUGCCUCGAAGUACAUCAUCGAUCGGUUCAUUUUCAACGUCAACUGGAUCAAACAAUAUAGCAGCGAUACCAUCAAUAAAUGAUUCAUUGACUACUGAUUAUAAUGGUAACAAUUUAAUUGAUCGUACAAACGGUCAUUCGCAUGGUCAUUCAAAACCGCCAAUGGCCUACGUUAAUUAUCCUCGUCAUCAUUCUCAAUUGAAUCUUUCAACGACAAAUGGUAUACCCCCUUCAAAUUCUAUCAAUAAAAUGAAUAAUUCAAAUUAUCAACAACAACAUCAUCCGUCAAUGGUACGUUCAUCAUCAAACUUAGCGAAUUAUAAUGAUAGUGAUUACGAUGUAAAAAGUGUAAAUAAACCAAAAUCAUUUUAUAAAACUCAUACGAUUCAACGUGAUCUAAGUUAUGAUAACAUCAAAAGUUUAACAUUAGAUGAUAGUAAUAUAAAUAGUGAUAAUAAACAAAAUAAAAAAAUGUCAAAUUCUUAUUCGGAACAUAAUGGUGAAAAUUUCAAACAACAUUCGACAACAAAACAGAAAUCAACAAAAAAAUUACAACCGUCACAGCAACAGCAAAAACAAGAAGACGCUUCUACAGGUAAAAAAAUGGAUGUAGAAAAGAAAAAACGUCGAUCAUCAUUUCGAAAUUUUUCACAAAAAUUUCAUCUUAAACGAAGUCAGAGUACAAAUACGAGUUUAGCCACUAUUGCUUCGCCAACAUCUUUUCCCACUACUACUACUGCACCCAAUAAAACUUUGGAUUCAGAACAAUUAGAAACACCAGGAACAAUAACAUCUGAUCUUGUUUAUCAACGUUUGAAUAAUGCAACAGCAGGUUCAAAAUCAUUCGAUAUAGAACCAUCUAGUCAAUAUAAUUUAAAUGAUUACGCAAAUUUAACACGUUCAACUACAAGUAUUUUAUGUAACGGUAGUACAAGUGGAUUUGCACCAAUACCCGAAGAAGAAAAUUGUCCAGUUGUAUUGAAGAAAAGCAAUAAUCAAGCAUCGACGUCAUCGUCACAUCGACACUAUGAAAACGAUGAUUUUAUAGCGCAGCACCAACAAGAACAACGACAACAACAAAGGAUAGCGCCAAGUCUCAGUCUUUCAUCGUCUUCAUCGUAUAUCUCAGCUCAUACUUCAUCACCGUCAAUUCAUUCGUCAACAUCAAAUAAAUAUGCCACAGGUAAAUCAGGAUCGUCUAAUCAAAACGGAGGAACAGAUAUGAUGAAACAAUCAAAAUCAUCCACAUCAGUUACAUCUAAUAUUGGUACAGCAUUAGCAGUUUUAUCGAAUAAUAAUAAUAAUAACAACAGUAAUAAACAAUUAUUAUCCAAUUCUAUUAGUUUACAUGGCGAAGUUAGUAGCCUAUUGAGCUCAUCGUCUCAUAACGGACAUUUAUCAAAUAGCGUUUCAGCAAUAAACCAUCCAAAUAAUAGUAUAUCUUCAAACCAACUACAUGCUCAUCAUAUUCGAGACGUAUCUUGUCCACCUUCACCACCGACGAAACAUAAAUAUUUUGAUAAUUUAGGUAAUUCUAAUAAUGUAAUAGUAACACCUAUCGAAGAAUACUCGCAACAACAGCCGCAACCACAGCAAAAAGUAAAAAUGCGUGAUCAUAGCUCAAAAAAGAAGAAAACUUUAAGAGAUCUAAAACUACGUAUAUCUUUACCACCUGAAUUAAAAAAUGGUUUUCAACGAGUUAACAGCGAUUUUUCAAUGAACAAAGGAGCAUCAACAAACACUAACAUUAAUGCGCCAACAAUGACAACAAAUGAUAGCAAAAUAAAGACAACAAUGAAUAAUAAUGUAUAUCAUAAUCAUCAGUCGUAUUAUCAAACAAAUUCAUUAUCAUCUCAAACGUUAAAUAGUGUUAUUAAUCAAUCAAGUUCAUCUUUACUAAGAUUAUCAUCUCCAACAUCGUCGGUCAUAACUGGAGGACAACAAAGUCGAAAUGAACAACGUUUAUCAAUGCUUGAUUUAGGCUAUGGAAAAAUAGAAUCCUAUCAGAAAUUAGAAAAAUUAGGCGAAGGUACUUAUGCCACCGUUUAUAAAGGUCGUUCCCAUUUAAUCAGUGGCUAUAUAGCAUUGAAAGAAAUUCGUUUAGAACAAGAAGAAGGUGCACCUUGUACAGCAUUACGGGAAGUUAGUUUAUUGAAAGGUCUAAAACAUGCAAAUAUUGUAACAUUACACGAUAUUAUAUUUGAUCAAAGAACUUUAACAUUAGUAUUUGAAUAUGUUGAUAGAGAUUUGAAACAAUACAUGGAUGAUUGUGCUAAUAUCUUGAAUAUUAAAAAUGUUCGAUUAUUUUUAUAUCAGUUAUUACGUGGGUUAGAUUAUUGUCAUUCACGUAAAAUUUUACAUCGUGAUUUAAAACCACAAAAUUUAUUAAUAAAUGAACGUGGUGAAUUAAAACUUGCUGAUUUUGGUUUAGCACGAAUAAAAAGUUUUCCAACAAAAACAUAUUCACAUGAAGUUGUAACACUGUGGUAUCGUCCACCCGAUGUACUAUUAGGUAGCACAGAGUAUUCAACGCCAAUUGACAUAUGGGCGGUUGGAUGUAUUUUCUUCGAAAUGGCAUGUGGUCGACCGUUAUUUCCCGGUACAAAAGUUGAAGAAGAAUUAUAUCUUAUAUUUAAAUGUUUAGGAACACCUACUGAGAAAACAAUGCCAGGUGUAACAUCAAAUGUUGAAUUUCAACAAUUACGUGUAACAAAUUAUAACGGUGAAUCAUUAACAAAUUUAGCACCACGUCUAGAUUCAACCGGAAUUGAUUUAGUUGAAAAAUUUUUACGUUAUAAUCCACUUGAACGUAUUUCAGCUAAUGAUGCGAUGAAUCAUAGUUUUUUUAAGAUUUAUCCAUCAUUAAUUCAUAAUUUACAACCGACACAAUCGAUACUUGAUAUUAGCGAUAUACGACUUGAACGUGAUCAUGGAUCUAAAUUAAUCGUGAAAUCAGUUAUAUCGAAACGUUCGAGUGUACACCUAUGA